AAGUUGAUAGCUCUUGAUCCUCAGACUAAAAUACCAUUCAAGCUUAUUGACAAAGAGAUUGUCAGCCAUGACACUAGAAGGUUCAGGUUUGCUCUCCAGUCGCCUGAGCAUACUCUUGGGCUCCCUGUGGGUAACCAUAUGUACCUGUCAGCAAUGAUUGAUGGUGGGCUUGUCAUCAGACCAUAUACGCCAGUCACCUCUGAUGAUGAGAAAGGUUUUUUUGAACUUGUUAUUAAGAUCUACUACAAGAAUGUGCAUCCUAAGUUUCCUGAUGGUGGCAAGAUGUCUCAGUACCUAGAGUCCUUAAGGCUGGGAGACACUGUUGACAUACGAGGUCCUGCUGGAAAAUUAGAGUACAAAGGCAGAGGUGAUAUUGGUAUCAAAGAAAGUUACAGAAAACCAGAAAUCAUUCGCAGUGCAAAGACGCUUGGACUCAUUGCUGGAGGCACAGGCAUCACUCCAAUGCUUCAAAUCAUUGCUGCAAUAGUUAAAGACCCUCAAGACAAGACUCAUGUAUCUUUGCUUUUUGCAAACCAGACAGAGCGAGAUAUCUUAGUUCGUGAUAUGCUGGAGGAUUUGGUCAAGAAAGAGGGUUCCAAUGGUCGCUUUAAACUUUGGUACACUCUUGACCGACCACCAGCCGAAGGUUGGAAGUACAGCGAAGGGUUCAUUAAUGCGGAUAUGAUUCAAGAACACCUCCCCCCACCGGGACCAGACACGCAAAUCCUUAUGUGUGGCCCACCCCCCAUGAUCAACUAUGCUUGUAUACCAAACCUUGAAAAGCUUGGAUAUACAACUGAUAUGUACUAUGCUUUUGGUUAAUAUUACCGGGCCAUACUCCUGAAUAAUGACUGGUGUGAAUCGAAUAUUGACCGAUCUACAGCUGUUCCAAAAAGGGUUAACUACUKCUUACUGAAUAAUGUGAUAUUAAGCAAAACURUUAGAAAUAACUUUUUCAAAUAUUGUAGAGUUUUCUACCAAAAUACAAAUCAACGAAAAUAAUGUAAAACCCCACUUCAUUAGUUGAUGUCAUUUGCAUUUUCAAUUUCAAAUGAAUAUAACUCAGAAAAU